AUGACAAAUAAAAUUGAAACAACCACACCAUCCAUUGAUGAUGAAUUACUUGUUGAUGUUGUAAGCCUUAAUGGUAAUAGUAGUUUAUGUAUUGAUUCAUCUCAUCAUACAUCGUCAUCAUCAACAUCAUCUUCUUCACCAAAUCAUUCAAUUGAUUCAAGUCCACAUUCACCAAUAUCAUCAUUAUGUGGUGAAAUUGAAGAUGAACAUAAUAAUAAUAAUUCCACAAAAAAAUCUUUAUCAACAAAACAACAUAUUGUUAAACCACCUUAUUCUUAUAUAGCAUUAAUAACAAUGGCUAUAUUACAAUCUCCAUCACGACGUUUAACAUUAAGUGGUAUAUGUGAAUUUAUUAUGAAUCGUUUUCCAUAUUAUAAAGAACGUUUUCCAGCUUGGCAAAAUUCAAUACGUCAUAAUUUAAGUUUAAAUGAUUGUUUUCUUAAAAUUCCACGUUCACCAGGCAAUCCAGGAAAAGGAAAUUAUUGGACAUUAGAUCCUGCUAGUGAAAAUAUGUUUGAUAAUGGUUCAUUUUUACGUCGUCGUAAACGUUUUAAACGUAUGAAUCAACAUCAUCAUCAUCACCAUCAUCAUUCAGCAUGUUUUCAUCAUGGUUCAAUGCCAUCAGCAGCACCACCACCAUCAUUUCCUCCAAUACCAUAUCCAUUUAUUCCAACAUCAUCACCAUCAAAACGAUGUUUUCCUUUAUUACCUCCACCAUUACCAAUACUUCCUCCACCACCACCAACAACAAUUCUACCAAUAAUGCAUCAUAAUCAAAAAAUAAAAAAUUCAUUUACAAUUGAUAAUCUUAUUGGAAAUACUAAAACAACAUCAACAACAACAGCAACACCAAAUAUUAAUUCUGUAUUAACGAUAACUAAUCGAGAAACAUUUCGUGUAUGA